GUUCCCAGUUGACUCCCAAACUUUUCCUUCACUCCCCUUCGGCCAUCCCCACCGCCCACUUCGCCUCCCCUGCCCCCCGCGCCAGCGCUCCCCUCAUCUCCCUCCGCCGAAGCUCGCCACCCCAGAGAAAUUUCUCCCCAUCAGCCCCGCCGUCGGCUUCUUCUCCCCCGUCGCACUGGACUGGCGUGGAGUCGAUUCGGCGUUCAGUUCAGUUUCUUGCGGGCUCGCGUGGCGGCUGACCUUCCAAGAGGUUCGGCGGCGUUCGGCUGGGCAUUGAGGAACCAUGCUCAACGUCAAGUCCGAACCUGCAACUGCAAUGGAUGCAGUGGGUGAACCGGAAAUUGAGGAGCAUGAACAGAAGGUAAACAGAUACCAAGCUGAACUUGCAGCCCGCAUUAAGGCCAAAUACUUCUCUAAUAAGGCUUCAGACGGAGGAAAAAUCUUUGAAGAAGAAACUAUUGUUGAAGGCGAAACCAUCCAUUCAAGCAGGUGGCCAUGCACAAGUUCGUAUGCGAACCCGGUAAAUUUUCUCCGAGAGAAGAACAACCAUGAGAGGAGGGAUUCUCCAUCUUCAGCAGCAGAUUCCUCUGCCAAGAACGAUUCUCCAUCUGUGGUAGCUGAAGCCUCGCCAAAGAAUAAUGCAGGUGUUCCGGCAACAGAAAACAAUCUAACACCUGCCAAGAGACAGGCAUCCAAGGAGACCUGAUGGGAUAACAGUAGGCUGGUGGGUCGUUGUACGUUCUCCAGUCUGAAGACGUGCAACAACCCGAAGCAUGCAAGUAUCAUGAAAUAAAAAUCCGUCCAGCAGAUGUAUGUAGGCGAUGCUUGAUUCAUUUCGUCGAACCGGUUUCAGCGUCUGUUGGGAACAGUUUUUUUGUCUUAUGUCUCAAGGUAUAUGCUACCUGAAGCUUGUUUUUUUAAUAAAAAAACUGCCCUGCUUGUUUGUAGGCGAUGCUACAUUCAUUUCA